CAUGGUUUUAACCAGCCCACUUUAGUUCACAGCUUUUUACUGGAGAGGCAGGUUAACUUGUUUUUCUCAGUUUUACAAGUCUCAUCAAAGAAUCAUCUUUGGGCCACGGACCUUUUAAUUCUGGGCACUUUUGAAGUAGAGCAAGUGACCUGUGACUGGUUGGAGGGAGAGAAGAGAGAACAAAUGGAAAAGGAGCAGAGAGAAAGAAGAUGAGAGCAGGACCCGUGAGAUCCCUGCUGCACCAUGGGACCCCUCUGCUUUCCUGGAUUCUGAUUUGAAAAGAAUAAAGGGCACUUUGUUUAAAAAGGGCCAGCAGGAUUUUGACAUCACUUCAGUGUUUUGUCCACUCAUUAGUCUCAGUUGAAGGAAUCAUGGCUGUUUACUGAAAUAGAAAUAUCCCUACGUGUUUCCUCUGCUCUGUAUUUAGAGACAGUUCAGCCAUGGAGAAGACAUACUCUCUAACUGCACACUAUGAUGAGUUCCAGGAGGUGAAAUAUGGCGGUCGGUAUAGCAGCGACAUCCUAAGCAAUGGCAUGACCCUUCACUUGGGGGGCAGUCUGGACCGUCACGUGGGGCGGGGCCGAGGAGGAACCUGGUCGAACGGUCGAAACCGAGACCUGAGUAGCACCAGCAGCGGCGGAGGACUUCCUCAAUGGAGCCGCAGGGAGAUCUGCCUCUUGUCUGCGCUCGUCUUUGCGGCAGGCAUGUGCGUCAUCUUAGGGAGCAUGCUCGCUCUCAAGUACAUUUCUUUGGACCAGCAGGACCCUCAGUGCCGACAGGACUGCCAGCGCAAGCGCUCUCUGCUGCGGGCGGCACGAUUCGUUCAGGCCAACAUCGACCCGACCAUCCAGCCCUGUGAGGACUUCUACUCCUUCGCCUGUGGCGGCUGGCUGAGGCGCCACGGGAUCCCGGAGGAUAAGCUCAGCUAUGGCAUCAUCACAGCCAUAGGUGAGCACAAUGAGGAGAAGCUACAGCGCCUCCUGCUGGAGCCCAUAAGGAGACCUGGACCCAACUCAGCAGAACGCAAGGUCAAGGAGUUCUACCGCUCCUGUGUCAACAUCAAGGAGAUCAACGAGCUUGGCUCCAAACCCAUGACGGAGGUCAUUGACAGCUGUGGAGGAUGGGACCUCUCGGGUGCUCCUCCUGGGGCUGCUGGGUGGGAGACUGAGGGUGCCCCCCAAAGGCCGGAUUUCAACGAGCUGCUGUACAGGACACAGGGGGUGUACAGCACUGCUGUCUUCUUCUCUCUCACUGUCAAUGUGGACGACAAGAACUCCUCCAGAAAUGCAAUCAGGAUUGAUCAGGAGGGGCUCACGCUGCCUGAGAGAAGUCUUUACCUGGGCCAGGAUGAGGACAGCGUGAAGAUCCUGGCAGCGUACAAGGCCCUGAUGGAGCGACUGCUGAGCAUGCUGGGAGCUCAAGACGCUCCAGAGAAGUCCAAGGAGAUAAUACAGCUGGAGACUCGUCUGGCCAACAUCACUGUGUCGGAGUAUGACGACCAAAGAAAGGACAUCAGCACCAUGUAUAACCGCAUCACCCUCAGGCAACUGCAGCGUAUCGCUCCCAGUCUUCACUGGAAACGCCUGCUGGACAGAAUCUUCUACGAUAACUUCUCAGAGGAUGAAGAGAUCGUGGUUCUCGCCACCGACUACAUACAGAAAGUCUCUGACAUCAUCAAGACCACAUCCAAGAGGGUUCUCCAUAACUACAUGCUUUGGCGUAUUGUGGCGGCUCUCAGUGAACACCUGUCCACCGCCUUUCGCAGCACCAUCCAUGAGUUUUCUCGGGAGAUCGACGGCACGGAGCAGCAGCUGGAGCUGGGGCGGCUCUGCCUCACUCAAGCCAACAAACACUUCGGCAUGGCCCUGGGAGCCCUGUUUGUCCAGCAGCACUUCUCCUCACAGAGCAAGGCUAAGGUACAGGAGCUAGUAGAGGACAUAAAGCACUCCCUGGACAUCCGGCUGCAGGAGCUGGACUGGAUGGAUGAGGCCACCAAGGAGGCAGCCAGAGCCAAGUUAAAGCACAUGAUGGUGAUGACAGGAUACCCUGACUUCCUGCUAAAACCUGAGCUCAUCGAUAAUGAAUACGGGUUUGACGUGGACGAAAAGACGUAUUUCAAGAACAUCCUCAACAGCAUUAAGUUUAACAUCAAGCUGUCUGUCAAGAAGAUCCAUGAAGAAGUGGACAAAACAACGUGGCUUCUCCCUCCUCAGGCCCUUAAUGCCUACUACCUCCCUAACAAGAACCAAAUGGUUUUUCCUGCCGGUAUCCUUCAGCCAACUCUUUACAACCCUGAGUUUCCACAGUCUCUGAACUAUGGAGGAAUAGGAGCCAUAAUUGGCCAUGAGCUAACACAUGGAUAUGAUGACUGGGGGGGCCAGUACGACCGCCAUGGAAACCUCAAACAGUGGUGGACCGAAGAGUCCUACAGAAAGUUCCAGACGAAGGCUGAGUGUAUCGUCAAGCUCUACGAUAACUUCACUGUUUAUAACCAGAAGGUAAAUGGUCGUCUUACUUUGGGGGAGAACAUAGCUGACAUGGGAGGACUUAAGCUGUCAUACUAUGCAUAUCAGAAGUGGGUGCGGGAACACGGUCCAGAGAGACCCUUACCUGGCCUCAGAUACACACAUGAACAGCUGCUCUUCAUUGCUUUUGCACAGAACUGGUGUAUGAAGAGAAGAUCUCAGUCCAUCUACCUGCAGCUGCUGACGGACAAACAUGCACCAGAACACUACAGAGUGAUCGGCAGCGUCUCCCAGUUUGAUGAGUUUGCCCGAGUUUUUCACUGUCCGAAGGGAUCGCCGAUGAACCCGGUGGAGAAAUGCUCCGUUUGGUGACACCUCCACCAGCCUGUUGACCCAGGGACAAACUUCUUCACAGGCCUCCACCCACUCACACUUCACCACCCUACAUUGAAUUCAUCAGAGCCAACAGGAUGAUAAUAAUACAUAAAGCCCAAUCUUGCCUAUAAUGGAGAGAAAUGUAAUCAAUCACUGCUGUUACCCCAUGGGUUUUUAGCUGGGAACUUUGUCUGUUCUAGUCCCUCUCAAACACGGGCCACAUAAAUGUUUACCAUGUACAUAUAUAUCAUCUUGUUAUAUAUAUUUUUAUAUGUUUAGAUUUAUGUCAGAUCAUGUAUUUUUCUAUUUUAGCAGAUAUAUCACAUAUUAUUUUUCAUAGGCUGUUAGUUUUUACAUCUCGCAUCAUGUUUCCUCCUGUUUUUCUUCUUUGUUGCAUCAAGCAGAAAACUUCAGCAUAUUAGGAGAUUACUGAUUGGCAGCAAAAGUGAUUCCAGACCUUAAUGUGGAACAGACAUAUUUAAAACGAACUGAGAUUUGUAGCAUCCUCGUGCCUGUCAAAAUGUUGUUCUUUCAGUGUGGUAUUGGGAGUUUGAUUUGUGUCGCAAUGCUGCACUCUGGUGGCUGCAGGGUGUAAUGCUUCACUGUUCAACAGACCAUGACUGUGGUUUCAUUUGCCUGCAUUUGGUCCUCUUGUUGCUGUGAGUGUUUGUAAGGUUUUUAAAGAUUUGUGGACUUUUCUAAAAAAUAAAAAGGGGGAUUUUUGGCAAGUGUUUUUCUCAGGAUUUGUAGCAAAGUGAAGCGCCAAAUGAAGAAGCCCUAAAUUUCUAACCAUAUUCAAUUCCUCAGCCUACAGUGUAAUGUCAAAGAGGCCAAACCAAAACAAAUGGAUGACAAAUGAGCAGGGUUCUUUUCCUCUCGGGAUUUCACAGCCACAGCGUCACUCCAUUAAAUGAAUAUGACUAAGAACACUUUUUAUCAGGUGGAUGACGAACUCUACAGUACUUCAAUCUACUCUAAACUGUAUGUGAAAAUGGAUGUAGCCAAUGUUUCCCAUUGGUUUUCAGGUCUGACAUUUUGAAAGCCUCAAAUUCUACAUUUUUGUUAUCACCUUAGUUUCAGAAUCAGAUGUAACCGUAUUUGGACAAAGGGGAGAUACCAUCGACUGUAUAUGAAGAUGGAGAAUGCAUCUCUCUCUUCUCUAGUUUCCCAAAAGUGAAGCCAAAAUUUCGCCUACCAGAUGUACUAGUACAUUGCACUGCUGGAUUUAGAAUCUGGCAUUAGAGAUUUGCUGGUGAAGCCCAAAAUGAAGACAAUGCAGAGGUGCAAAAAAUUGUUGUUCCUUGAGUGUCCACUUGAGGCUGGCUGCAGAGGCAAAGCAAUUCCCCUACACGUCUACAAACAUGCCUGUCUUUACAGUCAGAAUAAACAUGUUUAAAGCCUUUUUCAAAAAAUGAACUGGUCUGCGCCACUCAUGGGUUUAUUGGUACUCACUUUGGGGAUGACUGUUUUUAAUCUCUCCCUUAACUGAAUGGUUCCCAUACUGUUUUUUCUGCCGGGCUCUUUUUUGGCAGAUUAAAAUAUUCUCAGGCCCCACACCUCCACCCCCCAGCAUACAGAUCAACAUGUAAAAAGAUGUAAACGUACGAAAAACACAUAGUCAGCUGCAUUUUUUGCAAAUAAAGAAAAACAUACUAUUUUUAAUUUACUGCAACACAGAACUUCAAAUUUUUGCAGAAAUAACUAUCUUUUCUAAAGAAUUAUAC